AGAGGCUCCCGAGGCCUGCUUCGUUAGACUCGAGCAGGGACGAGCAGCGACAUGGGUCCUCUUAAUCUUUUGCCUUUGUUGGCGGCGGGAUGCUUGGCCGCGCCCUCGGACCUCCUGAGCGUGCCGGUGUCCGCUGGGUUACACGUGUCCUCCUCCGGCCCCCUGGAGGUGAGGACGGUCCAGAUCCCCACGCCCUUGGCUGUGGCUCCUGCUGCGGUUCCUCCUACGCUCACCUUCGCCUCCGUCGCCGAACAGGUCUCGGAAGCUGACCUGAAACAAGACCAGAUUCCUGUCCCCGCCUCCGUCGUCGUCAGCCCCGCGCUUCCCCCGGCGGCGGUGAUCCCCCCCACCUUCGCCGUUGCCGGGGCUUCGGUCGUGGCCUCUGCCAACGUACGCCUCGACGUGCCCGCGCCCGUGCCCUUCGGCGACGCCCCCGCUCCCGAAGAGCUGGUGCAGCGAGUCCCCGUGAAGGUGGCAGGUCGCCCCGUAGUCUCGCACACGCCCCAGGUCACCGAGGUUCGCCCCGAGCUCAAGGUCAUCGAGAAGACCUUCGACGUGGCCGUGCCCAAGCCCGUCUACGAGACCAAGGAGGUGACUCCCAUCGAGCACAAGUUCGUGCCCGAGCCGUAUGCCGUGCCCCAGCCCUACGCCGUGCCCCAGCCUUACGCCGUGCCCCAACCCUAUGCCGUCCCUGUACCUGUUGCAGAACAGGUGCACGUACAACACCAUGUAGCUGCUGCUCCUGUUGCAGGACAAUAUGUAGCCGCCGCCCCUGUUGCAGGCCAAUAUGUAGCCGCUGCCCCUGUUGCAAGCCAGUAUGUAGCCGCUGCCCCUGUUGCAGGUCAGUACGCUGCAGCCGCCCCUGUUACAGGACAAUAUGUAGCCGCUGCUCCUGUUGCAGGCCAAUAUGUAUCUCCUGCAACUGGCGUCCUGCACCGCAGCCAUCCCUUCCCUAUUCUCAGUCCUGCCGUUCACACUGUAUCUGAAUAAUCCGAACAAUUGUUACUUAGAAUUCUCAACGGAACCCGAAAGAAUUUGUAAACACAUAUAAUGUUCAUAAUUCAACUGAUCGGUAAGAAAUUAAAUAAAUGACUCAUCAUU